AUGUAUAAUAAUAGAUAUCAUAGUAAGAGUAGUCUAGAGGAGGCUUCUGAAGCUGCAGCUAAAGUUAAUGCUAUGUUGAUUGCUGAAGGAAAAUUAAAACUAUCUCAAGUCAAUCAACAUUAUCAAAGUAAAGCCAAGGCUGGUGGAUUAUUUGUAUUAGAUAUAGAAAUAAACGAUGCCCCUAUCACAUGUCGUAAUAUUCUAACUAAAGGCACCACACAGGAACAUAUAAUGAAAUUAAGUGGUGCUGCUAUAUCUACUAGAGGAAGAUAUAUACAUCCAGAAGAGAAGAGUAAAGUUGCUGCAGAUGAUAAGCCAUUAUUCCUGUAUAUUCAAGCUACUACCCAACAAGCUAUCAAUAUUGCAGCUAAAAGGAUCAAUGAAAUAUUAAAAGAUGGUCAGGGUAAACCUGCAUGGAAUGAACAUAAUAAUAAUAAUAAUCAGUUGAUACAUCCACCCCAUGUACCAGUGAAUACUUUACAACCCCCUCCUCAAACACAUCAACCACCCCCAACAACAUAUCUGAGACCACCCCCUACAGAACCUGCUAUGGUUACAUUCUUACAAGAGAAAUUAUAUAUAGGAUUAGAACAUGCACCACCCAAUUUUGAUGUGAAAAAUAAGAUAAUUGGACCUGCUGGAAGUUAUUUAAGACAUGUUAUGGGUGAAUCAGGAGCUAUAGCUACUCUAUGUGGUAAAGGAUCAGGAUUUGGUGAUUCUGACUCUAUUGAGCCAAUGCAUAUUCAGAUACAACAUCCAACUAUGGAAGGAUUGCAGCAGGCUAAGGCUUUGUCAUCUAAUUUGAUUCAAACUGUCCAGCAAGAAUAUGCCCAAUUUCAACAAGCUUUAGCGGCCAUGCCACAACCUAUGACACCAAACCAAACUCCAGUUUAUAUGGAGGUGCCAGGGCAGACAUCACUAACAGGAGGUACAUUGUUAGGACCACCAGGAAUAGCCACUAUUACUACCUUAACACAACCUCUUACUGGCUUACCACCUCCAGGAAUGCAGCCAGCACAAGGAAUGGUAGGACUACCAGCCUCAUCUCAGGCUGUAUCUAUGACAUCAAGCUUACCACCAACUUCUAUGAUUAAUGUUGCACAAGCCAUGGGUUCAGCACCAGGCAGUGUGAUGUUACCCACCUCCUCAUCCUAUACUACAAUGGCUAUAACAUCACCUUUAGUAGCAUCACCAUUACCAUCUGGUCAAAUGUUGUCCAAUAUGGAUGGAGGAAAUGUAAGCAAUGAAAAUGUAAUGUUGGUACCAAAUACCAGUGUCCCUCCUCCGAUACUUCAGGGACCACCUCCUCAACCACAGCAGUUUGAAAUCAACAAUCCUAAUAACCAAUUUAUAGCUUUACCAUCAGAAGGACAGAUAAUAGUUAGUGGUACCCCCCAACCUGGUAGUAACCAAGUGACAGUGGUAGGACCACCACAGGCUGUGAUACCCCCACCUGGUCCAUUACCAGCUAUUAUUACAGCACCUAAUGGACAGACCAUGGAGUUGGUACAAACCUCACAGGGUCCGCCACCUCCACAGUCUAUACCUAUAGUAGGUCAAGGUCAACCACAACAACCACCUUUUUCUGUCCAGACCAGUAUAGCAUACAGUGGUGAACUGUUGACCUCUACUUCCAGUUUAACAGCAUCCAAUCCCCAAGCAUCUACAAUACAAUCAUUUAAAGAUGAGGUUGCUGGUAAACGUAGAUUUAAAGAAGAGAAAACAGAUGAACCUGUACCAACUAAUUUACUGGGCUAUCAGCAUGGUCCAGGAUGGAAUAACAAAACAAAAUCAACAGACAAAUCAGAGGAGAAGAAAAUAUCAUUAACAGGUAUUAAAAGAGGCUCACAGAAAUCUGAAGAUGAGCCGAAUCAGAAGAAAGAUAAAAAUUCCAAUGGAUUACAUUUAUCUAAAGAUUACGGAUAUGGAGAUGAGAAGCUGGAGAAAGAGUUAAAGAAAUCUGAAAAAGAUGGGAAAGCCUCAGAAGAAGACCACCAAUCUUUAACAAAUGAUGGAACUUUAGACCCACAUGUUCAUCCAUAUAAAGUCACUGUUUCAUCAGCACCUACCAUUUAUAACACAUCCCAAUCUAUACUUCCCCCAUCUGUUUCUUUUGGUCAAUACACACAGCCCCCUCCUGACCAAACUCAGUAUAUUAAUGCUGGACCAAUAGGUGAACAACAAAUGUACCCUCCUCCAGGACAACCCUUAGCUUUGUCAAGUCAGUCUCUUCCUAUCCAUAAUCCUCCAGUACCAGUGGUCAGUAUUUCAGUACCCAUGGCCAGUCAACAGAUGCCUGUGGUUUCCAGUCAUCCAAUGAUACCAGGUCAACCAAUAAUUGCUAGCCAACACAUCCCAGUUUUCAGUCAACCACCAGUUCCAAUUACUAGUCAGGCCUUACCAGCAUACAGCCAGGCCAUGCCUGUAUCCAAUCAACCCUAUAGAGAACCAUCUCCUCCUUUAGCCUGGGGAGCACCUGCACCACCUCCCUCAUCCAUAGCACCCCCAUUACCACCAACAUCAUUUUAUCAGAGCAAUCAACCCCCACCACAUCAAUGGAAUGGACCAGAACCAACUUACAGCACACCUAGUUCUCAACCAGGUUUCACUCCUGGAGUUUUUACUGGUCCUCCACCAACAUCUAUACAGUAUAGUCAGCCACCUCCUCCUAUGCCUUACUGGGUAGGACCAAACUGAAAGCACUGUCUUCCUUCCAGGACAUUUCAGUGAUAUAGUCAGGAUUUAGGUGCUAAUAUACAUUUAUCUCCGAUUUCUGUGUUACUAUAGUUAUAUUUAUAUCUGAUGCUUGGAAUUGUUGAUUCUGAAUUGAGGUCAAGAAAGUGUGGAAGAGGAACAGUGAUAUGGGUGUUAUUAACAGUAUUAUACUAUAGUGACCCUAUUCCGAUCAAAUUCAGAAUAUCAAGAUAAUACGAGAUUAUUGAAUCAGCAAAAUAAGUAUACAUUUCUUCCAUUAGCUCUCUAGAGAAUGAAGCAAAUAUAUUAUGUAUAUAUUUGUGUGUAUUCAAAGUUUUGAUGGUAGCUUAUUUGUAUAACACAUUCAAAGCAACCUGUUUAUAGCCACACAGUAUUGUAUAGAGCAUAAAUAAUUUAUGUCAGCUUUAUAUUAGUGGAAAGUAUUUUUGUCUGUUGUUUAGUUUUAUGGGUCACAUUGACUUCCUGCCAUUAUCUGAACUUAAUGUCUGUUUAAUCAGAUAAAUGCCAUUCUACACUCAGUUGACUUAGUAUAAUAUAAGUUUUUAUGUCUAAAUCGCAAGCUUUACUCAAAAUUAUGGAGGCAUUGGUUAUUUAUAUUUGAAAUUUUAUAUUUCUCUCAUCCAAUUGAAGGUCUGUCUUAAUAGUAAAUGUGACUCAUAUUUUAAUUUCAUUGAUUUUGCUUUCCUUGACGCUAAUUUUACUUAUUCUCAAACUUAGAAUUUCUUGAAUGCACUGCAUCUGUUGAUAUUUGAAGCAGUGAAUUAUUAUACAUACUAGGUAAAUUGUUAUUGUUAUAUUGUAUUUCUUGCUUUAUGUAUAUUUGUUCCUGAUUAAGUUACGUCAGUGUUUGUGAUAUACUGAAAAUAAAUGAUACAAUAUGC